CAUUUCAGAAAUUGGUGUGCGACCAGAACCGUUAGAGACAUGGUACCAUGCGUCAAAAGUGCAGCAAUACUGUUGCUCAGUGGAAUUUUGAUAUUUGGUAUGAUGGCUAAAGUUAAUGCUAAAGUUUUGGGAUCGGCUGACAAAGCACUUUACGCAAAUGACAUGGAAGUGGGAGGAGACGGAGAUACUCCUGUCGACAACGCAGUCCUGAACUACCUGUUCGCCCGACAGAUGAACAGGAUGCGGAACCGCGGUGGCGACUAUGCGGCUGAACUUCUCAGGAAAAGAUCGUCCUACUGGAAACAAUGCGCCUUCAACGCUGUUUCCUGCUUUGGGUAGGAAAGAGAAUCGAACCUACUCUGGCGGUAAUUAGAGAACGAUGAAGUUAGAAAUAGAAACCCCCUCUCUUACUUUUGCUGUUCGUUGAGGACUUCAUCUUUUUUUCAGAUUAUAUGUCCAGCUAAAUUAAAACUAAGUGAUAAAAUAAUUUAUCAAAUAAAUGAUAAAUGA